AUGGACGCAUAUCAGUCUCGCGGGAGGUCUUCUAUUAAGUGGGAGGAGCAACAGUCUACAGAGCAGCCAGCCAUGCAGUCGAGACGGAGACACGAUGGUUCUCCAAGCGAACCAACGGCUUUGCAGACCCAUCUUGAGUGGAAGUAUAGGCUUGUUGUACAACUAGCGAAGGACGGCCUUACUCGUUUUCAUGUUGUGCGAGACAGACGUGGCUUUUCUAGUCAGCUUCAAUUGUCAAUUUGA